AUGACACAACUUCCAUCUCGGACGCUUUUUCUGUUUGAGAACACCGUUGGUGCGGGUGACACAUACGUGCUGUACGUGGAUCUAGUCUCCACAGAUGCAAGGGCACAUAUGGUUGCUGUCCGCGUCCCAUCAUUCGCAGGCAUGUGCGUGAGCACUCACGAUCCAGAAUUUGAGUCCUCUGCGAUUCCGCAAGUGUACAAAGGUGUGGCACAAAAAUGCAUCUUUACAGCUUAG